UUUGGAACUAAUUCUUUACUUUCCUUCCCCUGAGCUCACUCGUCGUGAAAUUUGAAUGAUGAGAGCUCCGGGAAACGAAGACGCCGUCGUGAUCCAAAAUGGGAAAAAGGCGGGAGAGCCGCAUGUUAUUACUGUGAAUUGUCCGGACAGGACCGGUGUAGGCUGUGAUAUUUGCAGAAUCGUCCUCGAUUUCGGACUUUAUAUCAAAAAAGGAGAUGUUACAACGGAUGGAGUAUGGUGUUACAUAGUUUUAUGGGUGAUUCCUCAUUAUGAUCAUCUCAAGUUGAGAUGGUCACAUCUCAAGACACAGCUUGUAUCUGUGUGCCCCUCUUGCCCAACCUACUUCGUACUCAACUUGAUGUCUCCUUCUCCCACUUCAACACCUGUUUACUUGCUAAACUUCUUCUGCCUUGACCGAACCGGACUCUUACAUGAUGUUACUCAAGUAUUAACUGAGCUUGAGCUCUCAAUUCAGUCCGUUAAGGUUACCACCACGCCUGAUGGGAGAGUUCUUGACCUUUUCUUCAUUACAGAUAACUUGGAUCUUUUAAACACAAAGAAGCGGCAAGAAGAGACACUAGAGAAGUUUCGUUCUGUCUUGGGAGAAUCAUGUCUAAGCUGUGAACUCAAGUUGGCUGGUUCUGAGUAUGAAUAUCAUCAGAACACUCCAUCUCUUUCUCCACCAGUGGCUGAGGAGCUCUUUAUGUCUGAGCAGCAGCUCACAGAUGAAGAAGACAAUCGCGCGCAGGCUCUUAGUGAUGAUAUGAUAAAAAAGCUGAAGAAUUCCUCUGUUGUCACAGUUGACAACUCUUUCAGCCCGUCUCACACAUUACUCCAAAUACGCUGCGUUGAUCACAGAGGCCUUCUCUAUGAUGUAUUAAGAACAUUGAAAGACUUUGACGUUAAGAUAUCUUAUGGCAGGUUCUUGCCUCAAACACAAGGUUGUAAGGAUAUAGAGCUAUUUGUACAGAGAGAUGGGAAGAAGAUGGUGGAUAUUGAUGAGCAACGUUCGUUAUGUUCACGUCUGAAAGCAGAGAUGCUUCAUCCGUUACGUGUCAUAAUUACAAACAGAGGACCAGACACUGAACUUGUGGUUGCUAAUCCAGUUGAGCUAUCUGGGAAAGGAAGGCCGAGAGUGUUCUAUGACGUUACUCUUUCACUAAAAGUGCUUGGAAUCUGCGUUUUCUCGGCUGAAAUAAGAAGAUACAGGGCUAGUGACCGAGAAUGGGAAGUUUACAGAUUUCUUCUGGAUGAGAACUGUUCGUUUCAGCUCGGUAGUGCUUCUGCAAGGAAUGAGAUAGCUAAUAAAGUGAGAAGAACAUUGAUGGGUUGGUGAAGACGUGGUGUGCCUUCUAUUGAUGCGGCAUCUAAAUGCUUAUAUCCUUUUAGCAGUUAGUAAAUCAGCAAAAGCUUAUCGUCAGGGCUUAGUAUCCCUUUUAUGUUUAUAUCAAACUGAUAGGUUCUUGUGCAUGAGAGUGGUUUGAAGUGUCCACAUUAGACCUUCACCUCCGAUCAUCAUAUGAGAGUACUUGUUAUAUGCAUCUUGUAUUUGGUUUGGGUAAUCAAUAAAGGAAGCUGUUUCAGA